UGCCGAUAGAUUUUAUAGUUUUGUGUACAAAAUAAGCAUUAUAUCCAUGGCCAAUUCUUAAACGGCGUCCACACACGAUGGAAACAUCUGAAAACGAUUUAAAAGCACUAGUGUAUGGGAUCCAUUUGGCUGGAAAGAUACUAUAUUUACGCAAUAAGCGAGAGAAAUUGAAGGAAAUGGUAAUGAUUUUAAACCAUAAUCUGUAUAUGUUAUUCUUUGUUAUAUACAAACAGAUUAGCGUGCAGACUGGCCAGUAUAUAGUGAAGCAAUAGGCUGUGGAUUAUUUCCAUAUACGGUCGUUUGACGAGAGGCGUGUCGUCGCUAACAUGACAUCUUAAAAAAUUAAACUGGGUUAAACCCCAUUCAUCCGUCCGCUUUGAAGCCGUGUAGUUUGAACACGAUGGCGUCAAUUAAGCGGUCGAUUCCCUACACUGACAAAGCGCCGGUGAGGCAGGGCAUCUACAGCCAGGCAGUUGUGGUGGGCCGGACUGUAUAUGUCUCAGGGCAGCUCGGAUUGGACCCCACGUCGGGACAGCUGGUGACUGGAGGGGUGCAGGCCCAGGCCAAGCAGGCUCUGACUAACAUGGGGGAGAUUCUGAAAGCAGCGGGUUGCAGAUACAACAAUGUUGUCAAAACCACGGUGCUCUUGGCUGACAUAACCGAUUUCAACCUUGUGAACGAUGUUUAUAAACAAUUUUUUACCAGCAACUUCCCGGCUAGAGCAGCCUACCAGGUCGCUGGCCUACCCAGAGGGGGACUUGUGGAGGUUGAAGCUGUUGCAGUUUUGGGGCCCAUCACUGAUGUUCCGUGACACACUGGUCUCUGAAUGCGAGGCCCAUGUGCCAAAGGAUCCCAUUCUGAGUGAAAUGUAAGGAUCUGCGGUGGACAGGCUGAUAAACUGCUUAUCACAAA